CAAAGCGAGACAAGAUUCAACAAUUCAAAUGUGCGAGGUUACAUAAUAUUUACGUAGGAUAGACAGCAAUUCCCAUUGGCGUUUGCCUCCCUACAAAUACUGACGCCCCUUACUUUUCACAAUCAGGGGCAGGGCCCAGGCAAGGGAGUGGCAUGCAAGGAGUGUAAAGUCUGGAACAUUGUCUCUGCUCGACGAAGUGCGGCAUCUCCAGUUUUCUUUCUUUUGCUUCUCGCAGCAAGGUUUCAGGAGGCACCUUCUGAUAGAAAAGCAUAGUUGAAACUUGAAACCCUGGCAGCAAAGUGUUUGGGGAAAAAUAAGACUGCAUAGUCACAAGCCUGGUCGUGACCAUCGGCGCAAGACAAAGGUGGUGGUGAGCAUUGGGAUCAGUGAAACCAAUGCGCCUUGUUAAAAUCAAGAGACCACUACAUAGGAGAAAGACACUCAAGAAUUGAUUGAGCAAGAAUUCUGUAAAUAGUUGGUCGAGACUUUUUCAUCAAGCACGUAUGAAAGAUCAGCACCAGCUUAGAACAAGUCAAGCAUUGUUUUAGACUAGGUCAAGCACAGUUUUAGGACAAGUCGAGCACAGGUUGGGAACAGGUCAGCACGCGUUCAGAAGUGGUCAAGCAACGGUCAAGCAUGCAGCAGCAGCAGCCCCCCCGUCCCGCAGGCCCCUUGACAGCGCCGCCCCUUGCAACUGCUCCUGGCCUGAUGCAAACGCCACAGCCAAAUGCACAGCGACCACCUGGACAGCCUGCAUCUGCUAUGCCCUCUCCGUCAUCAGCUAUGCCGACUUUCCCGGGAAGCUAUGGCCAGACUUUAGGGGCAAGGCCAGCGGGGGCCAAUGUGAUCAGGCCUGGAGAAGGGAUCGGCCAAGUGCCUCCAGGCUCGCAAAUACUGAGGGCGCAGACGCCCACAGUCGCUCUGACCGCAGCUCAAAAGAAGCAGCAACAGGCGGGACUCGCACAGGCUCGGUCACCCUCGCCCUUCUUUCCACCAGCCUCUCAAGGGGGGGGCAUGCAAGCGCGACCGGUCCAGCAGGCCAACCCCCCCGGAAUGUCACAAGCCAGGCCAGCCGCUGGAGGGACGGCGCAGCAGCCAAUAUCUCAAGCACAGCGCUCUGGCUCCCCUGGACUUCCCCCGGUGUCAAAUGCCCAGGCCCAGGCGGCCCAGGCCUUAGGACUCACGCGAUUCAGCAGACCGCCCGCCGCUGCCCCGGCACAGCUGCUUGGGAAACGGACGUUACAAGAUCUACUAGCACAGGUGGACCCAGGAGCGGUGCUCGAUCCGGAGGUAGAAGACGUGCUGCUAGAGGUCGCUGACGACUUCAUCGAAUCGGUCACCAACUUCUCGUGUUCGUUGGCUCGGCAUCGAAAGUCCCCGGUCCUAGAGGCCAAGGACGUCCUCCUACAUCUAGAACGGAAUUGGCAUAUGACGAUACCAGGCUUCAGUGGGGACGAGCUGCGGCCCUACAGGCGACCAGCCGUCAACGAGGCACACAAGCAGCGGCUUGCGGUGGUCAAAAGAUCGGCGGCGGGGGAGAGCAGCGAAAAGCCGCCAAAUUUAGGUGCAUCGAACGCUGGUGGUCCAGCGGGCGGCCAGACUGCGGUUCCUCCUUCAAGACCACCGGGGUCUGUUCCUGGUGGUCCUGGCGCAUCGAAUAUUUGAUCGAUCAGCAGUUGGUGAAUACGGAAGGGCGGGUUUUCCCAAUAACAAGAAUGUGCUUUGGCUCUGCGCGGCUGAAUCCUGGACUGAGUUGCUGAAGCAGGCAUGCACGUGUCCUGGUGUCAAUACGGCAUCCAUAUGUAUGCAUACCUGUCCUAGAGUCAAUGCGGCAUCCAGAUGUAUCAUAAGCAGAUACUCCGGUCAAACCUGGACUGCAUGUCCAAUACCCAUCGCAACAUGCGAGUUCGGCAGCA